AUGGAUUUUGAAGAACAAUUAGAAAAGUUAGAUAAAUUAGAAUCUCCAGCUUUAGUUGGUUCAUCAAUCAGAUCAGCUGAUGAUUCACCUCAUCAUAAUUAUAUUCAUCCAGAAAGAUCAACCACUCAUCCUAAUGCUACUAGUUCCAGUACCAAGAAAUCAUUAUUAAAUCAAAAUAUCACUGCCUCUUUAGAUGAUUUAAUUAACGAAGGUGCUUUAUUAGGUUCUGAAGCUGAUUUUGAUAAGUUUUUAGAUCAAGAUGGUACUGUUAAAGGCGAUGCUAAAUAUGAACCAGUUGAAGAAACUGUAGCUGAAGAAGCUAAUGAAAAUGAAGACGAAGAGGAAGAAAAUCCUGUUACUGCUGAAAAAGAAGUUGAGGCUGAAAAAUCGACCACUAUUACUGAACCAGUUUCCAAUCAAAUAAUUGAAGAAGAUGUAGAUUCUGAAGUUGAAGAAAAUGAAGGUCCAAUUGGUGAAAAACCAUCUGCAAAGCAUAUCGCUGCUGAUGAUGAUGAUAAACUAACUUCAACUUCAUCCUUUUAUCAACAACAAGGUGAUUAUUCAACUCCAAAUUUAUCAGAAUACCAAUUAGAUAACGAAAUCAAAGAUCAUUCAACUUUAUUAGAUAGUGUCAAAUCUUAUGAUCCUCAAAGACUUCCAAAGGUAGUAAUAGGUAGUGGAAAGGAACUGUUCAAAAGACCAGAAUCACCAAGAAAAGCAGCAGCUUCACCUAUCAGAGCUUCUUUGAUAGAUCACAGUAAUCACAAUGAAAGCUUUGCUAGAGAAGGUGGUAUUCAUACUCCUUUUUUCCAUACCGAUGCAAGAUCUGAUAGAUCAAGAUCAAGAUCAAGAUCAGCCGUGCCUGAAAGAUCAAUAUCGAGAAAUUCAAAUAGACCUCAUUUAGCAAGAGGGGAUUCUUAUAAAAGUACUCAUUUAGAAGAACCUUCCAAAUAUGAAUUACCACCUGAUUUUGCUACUUCCGAAGAUGUUCCACAAGAACAAGAAGAACAAGCUGAAGAAGAACAAGAAGAACAAGAAGAAGAUGAUAGAAGAGGUAGAGCUUCAAAACCAACCAUGGGUGAAGCAGUUGCAAAAGCUGAAGCUAAAGCUGAAAACUUACCUCAAUUACCUUCUGAUCCUUCCUUAGUUACUACUGGUGAUUAUACCAAUUUCAAUGUUGAUACUCCUGAAUCAGAAUUACCAUCAGCUGCAAGUUUAUUAGCAUCAAGAUCAAUUUCAUCUACAAAUUAUUUAAGAUCAAUUUCAAGAUCAAGAACUAGACCUGCUCCUAUAGGGGAAAAUGAAAAGAAUGAUUCUAAUCCAGAUGCUUUAGCUAGAGAAGGUGCUUUAGUUAACGAUGAUCCUUAUUCAACCAUUGAUGAUUUAGAUAGUAUCGUUGAAAAUGUUUUACAUCCUAAGAAACCUGUCACUCCAACUGAAACUAAAGAACCAGUCGUUUCAGAAGCACCAAAAGAAAAAGAAGUAGAAGAGCCAAUUGAAGAAUCGAAGGGAGAAGAACCAGUUGAUGAAUCAAAGGAAGUAGAACCCGUUGAGGAAUCCAAAGAAAUAGAACCUGUUGAAGAAUCUAUUGAAGCGGAACCUAAAGAAGAAGAACCAGUCGAAGAAACCAAGGUAGAGGAAACCAAGGAAGAUGAACCAGUUGAAGAAUCUAAAGAAGUCGAACCAGUAGAGAAAGAAGUUACUACUAGUACUAAAGAUCUCAGUAUCGACGAACCUAAAGAAGAAACUGUUGCUUCAGCAGUCAAAGAACCAGCAACCACAACUGCCACUGAUGAUCUUGAUGAUUUAGAUAUCUCCCCUGAAGAAAUCCGUAAACAUUUAGAAUCUCAACCGAUUUAUCUUUUUACUUCAUUAGCUGGUGGUAUGCAAAUCAUGCCAAGAACCAACAGAUUAGCAACCAUACUACAAGCUAAUGGUAUUAAAUUUGAAUACCGUGAUUUAGGAACUGAUGAAGAAGCCAAAAAGAUUUGGAAGAGACAAGCUAAUGGUAAAACUUUACCAGGUGUUGUUAGAGGUGAUGAUUUUAUUGGCAAUUGGGAUGAAAUUAAUGAUGCAAACGAAGAGUAUAAACUUAGAGAACUUCUUUAUGAAACUUUAUAA